AUGUCGUUGACACAAAAGAUCGAAACCCCCAGCAUCACCUACGAGCAACCCCUUGGCUUGUACAUCGAUGGCAAGUGGGUAAAGGGUGUUGAGGGCAAGACCUUCGAGACCAUCAACCCCACCAACGAGAAGCCCAUUGUUGCCGUCCACGAGGCUGGUCCUGAAGAUGUUGACAUCGCCGUCAAGGCUGCCCGCAAGGCCUUCAAUGGCGUCUGGGCUCAGACCCUCCCCUCUGCCCGAGGACAGAUGUUGACCAAACUUGCCGACCUCUUCGAUGAAUACUCGGAUACCCUUGCUGCCAUCGAGUCUCUCGAUAACGGAAAGGCCCUUUCCAUGGCCAAGGUUGAUGUUCAGCUUUCGUCCGGCUGCUUAAGAUACUACGGUGGAUGGGCAGACAAGAUUCACGGAAAGACAAUCGACACCGACCCAGAGACAUUCAACUACACAAGACACGAAGCCGUCGGUGUUUGCGGUCAGAUCAUCCCAUGGAACUUCCCUCUUCUCAUGUGGGCAUGGAAGAUCGGACCCGUCUUGGCCACUGGUAACACUGUCGUUUUGAAGACCGCAGAACAGACCCCUCUAUCAGGUCUGUUUGCCGCCACUCUCUGCGAGAAGGCCGGUAUCCCAGCUGGUGUUGUCAACAUCAUUUCCGGAUUCGGAAAGACCGCCGGUGCCGCCAUCGCAUCCCACAUGGACAUUGACAAGGUUGCCUUCACUGGUUCAACCGUUGUCGGCCGAACUAUCCUCCAGGCUGCUGCCAAAUCCAACUUGAAGAAGGUUACCCUGGAACUCGGUGGUAAAUCACCAAAUAUUGUCUUCAACGACGCAAAUAUUGACGAUGCCAUCUCAUGGGUCAACUUCGGUAUUUUCUUCAACCACGGCCAAUGCUGCUGUGCUGGAUCCAGAGUCUACGUCCAGUCUGGUAUCUACGACAAGUUCAUUGAGCAAUUCAAAGCCCGAACUGCCAAGAACGUUGUUGGUGACCCAUUCAAGGGCGAUACCUUCCAGGGACCCCAGGUCAGCAAACUUCAAUUCGACCGCAUCAUGGACCACAUCAAGUCUGGUAAGGAGGCUGGUGCCACUGUUGAGACUGGUGGUGAGCGUCACGGCACUGAGGGUUACUUCAUCCAGCCUACCAUCUUCUCCAAUGUCAGCUCCGACAUGAAGAUUAUGCAAGAAGAAAUCUUCGGCCCCGUCUGCGCCAUCAGCAAGUUCGAGACUGAGGAGGAAGUCAUCAAGGCUGGUAAUGAGACCACCUACGGUCUUGCCGCCGCCGUGCACACCACCAACCUCAACACCGCUCUCCGCGUCUCCAACGCCCUGAAGGCUGGUACCGUCUGGGUCAACUGCUACAACUUGCUCAGCUACCAAGUGCCAUUCGGUGGUUUCAAGGAGUCUGGUAUUGGCCGUGAGCUAGGCAAAUAUGCUCUCAGCAACUACACACAGAUCAAGUCCGUCCGAGUUAGACUCGGCGGUGCUCUGUUCGGUUAA